CUGUCUCUAUUGUCCCACUGGGCUCUGUGAGUGAGUUUUCUCUGCUUUCCCACACUCUGUCCAUUCACUGCUUUUAAGAACAAAAGAAGUGUGUCUGGUUGCACAUCACAUUAAUUAUGGAGUCAGUUUACAAGUUUUGUCUCAUUGCCUCUGAAUGGAAAUUCCUGCCAUAAAGCCUUGUCAUUACCAGGCUUUUGUAAAACAGCUAUGAGGAAUGCAGAUAAGCUAAGUGUUGAUGAACAUUCAAAAGUUCUUUCUUUUUUCCUCCGUUUUUCACAUUCAAAUUGUUUCUUUGCAUUCCAUGCUGUUUAGAAAGCAUAUUCCUGAAGUGCUGGUUAUGUGGCAAUAAUAAUAUGAAUUUGAAGUUAAAGCUCAUUUAAAAUGGCUGCACUCAAACAUGAUUUAAAACAUGAUCAAACAACCCUCACCAGCUAUUGAUGGGGAGAUAUGUGUUUGAAAAUGAUUUUAAAAUAGCUCCAUUGCAUCCAGGGUGGUACUGCUUUCUUUGAAAUGAGCACAACCACCACUUCAACUGUAGAUUCAGCAACAUUACCAUUACUAUUUAAAACAAGGCAAGCAAAAGGAUUACUUUUCAAGAACUGCUGAUGCUGAGCGUGUGCUCAGUCACAGUCAUUGAUCCCAGCAUCAGGCAGCAGAUCUGCUCUCUCUACAGGGUCACCACUUUCCCACAUUCACACAGAGCUCUGUGAGCUUCUCUCCAUCACCCCCCCAGUCCUCCACCUGUUCCCCUGAGAUCUAACCAUUGUCCCCCAGGCCAUCACACACUUCACGCUGCGGUAUCCUCUAUUGUCUCACCAAGCUCUGUGAUUGGCUGAGACUGUGAGAAACUCCAGUCAGACCAAGACCCACACAUUCAUAUGCAGAUGUGGGACUAUAAAUAGGAGGGAUGAAGCCAGCACAGAGCAGAUUCUCUCUGCAGAGACCUCUACAGCACAGAGAUCCACCCAUGGCACCUACUAUCACUGCAGCAAUGACCAAUUCUCAGGAGCAUCUGACUCUGAACCACAAGCUCAGAAAGCCUCUGGUGGAGAAGUUACGCAGGGAGCGAAUCAACAGCAGCAUUGAGCAGCUCAAGUCUCUGCUGGCUCCAGAGUUCCUCAAACAGCAGCCAGACUCCAAGCUGGAGAAAGCAGACAUCCUGGAGAUGACAGUUUGUGUCCUGCAACGACUGCAGCAGCAGCAGCGUCAAGCUGUGGAUUCAGCAGCUGUUAACGAGGGUUAUUCCAGGUGCGCCCAAGCAGUGGAACACUUCCUGUCCAGGGAGCAGGUGGAGAUGCCGUCCCGGAGAAGACUGCUUAACCACAUCAACAAUUCACAGUCUUCCUCUGAGAGGAACCAGACAGAGGCUAACUUCUCUCUUCUGAGCUCCACAGUCCACAUCAGCAUCAACAAAGACAAAAGUCCAACCAACAGCGCCCCCUGGAGGCCGUGGUAGACACCAUAAAACUUGUACAAAAAUGAAGCUUAGGAGAUAUCUGAACAAGUGAUGUACUUGUACUCACCUUGUCCUUCUUGCAGUAGUUUGAUUAUGAAGAGUUAUAGUAUACAUAUCUGUAACCUUUAAGUUUUAAUACCUUUUGUAAAGGUUCUGUGUUUUUGUGAUAUUUACAUAAAAUAAUGGCCACUACUUCGUAUUUUAUAGGUACUUAGGCUAUUUCUGAUUCAGAUGUUCUUCUGUGAAGUAAACAUUAUUUUUUCCGGUGGAAACACCUAUACAUUGUCAAUGACACUGACAGUGAUUUAUGUACCUUUUCUCCAUUUAGGAGACACAGUUAAUCAUGUUGAAUGUUUCAGAUUUAUAUGUGAUAUUCAUACAUCUUGUAUUGAAAUGUCCUUUCUGAUAUAUCUUUAGAUAUCUCUAUUGCCUGCAUUUUAGCAGAUUCAUUCUGUGUAUGAAAUAUUCAUUAAGACAAAUGUGCUUCUUUAUGACUCUGUGAGUGAAAGCACUAAAACCUUCAGUGAAGGGAAAAUGUCUCAUCAUGAAUGUAUCUCUUCAAGCCAAGUGAUGCGCAUUAAA